AUGGCUGUGAUGUUAAGUAGCAAAAGCCCAUCCAUGGUGAUGGGUUCGUCGUCGGAGAGAGGAGGAAGUAGAACUCUCUCAUCGUCAUCUCUUAUUGGCCGCAGCAGGAACAUCAUUAAUGUUAAUUAUAAUUAUAUAAGUGGAGGGAGGAGGAAUGUUAACGUUAAGGAUUAUAGUAAUAAGGGGUAUAGUAGUAUCUGGUGUUUGAAAGGACAUGUGGUUCCCCCGCCGGCGGUGCUGGAGAGGCUGCUCAACGGCGGUGUGCCUACCGGCGAUCAACCCUCCUUCACUCCCAUCCCCAAAUCCAAAACCGUCACCAGAAAAGACUUCCCCCCUGAUUUCAAAUUUGGCUGCUCCACCUCUGCCCUCCAGACAGAGGGAGCAGGAGAUGAAGGAGGGAGAGGAGCUAGCACCUGGGAUAGCUUUAUCCAGGAUGGGACGGGAGAUAGAGAUAUUGCUGUUGAUUCCUACCAUCGCUACAAAGAUGAUGUACAAAUUUUGAAGAAGAUGGGGGUUGACACUUAUAGGCUCUCCAUCGCUUGGCCAAGGAUUCUCCCUGAUGGAACUGUGAGUGGUGGAGUAAACCAACAAGGCAUUGAUUUUUACAACAAUUUUAUUGAUGAACUACUGAAAAAUGGGAUAACCCCAUUUGUGACACUCUUCCACUUUGACUUACCGCAAGCAUUACAAAACAAGUACCGAGGCUUCUUGAGUAGUGAGAUUGUGGAUGACUUCAAAGCCUAUGCAGACCUCUGUUUCAAAACCUUUGGGGACCGAGUGAAGCACUGGACAACCAUCAAUGAGCCUCAAGUGUUUGGGCAGUAUGGCUAUAAAGUUGGAAUGCCCUCUGACCCUAAUGCAAAUCCUGCAACUGACCCUUUCCUUGCUACCCACCACAUCCUAUUGGCACAUGCUGCUGCUGCUAAGCUCUACAAACAAAAUUAUCAGGCAAGUCAACGUGGAGAGAUUGGGAUAUCGCUGGUGACUCAAUGGUUUGAGCCACAUGCACACAACCGACUUGACAGAGAGGCAUCUGAAAGAGCUUUUGAUUUCUUGGUUGGAUGGUUUAUGGAGCCCAUGGUGUUUGGAGACUAUCCAUUUAUAAUGAAAGCUCUGGUGAGAGAUGGGCUGCCAACUUUUACAGAGGAGGAGAAGGAUUUGGUAAAAGGGUCUUUUGAUUUCAUAGGGAUCAAUUACUACACUUCCAGAUAUGCAGUUUCCCUCCCAUUAAACCCAAAUGAUGAACACAACAGCCAAGACCAAUUCCAACGUGUUGAGUUCAAAGUGGACAGAAAUGGAAAGCCCAUUGGUCAACUGGCACCUGGGAGCGAUGCCAUUUAUGUGUACCCACAAGGGCUAAGGGAUGCUCUGAUAUAUAUAAACAAAGAGUACAAUAAUCCCAAAAUGUACGUCACUGAAAAUGGCUAUCCGGAGAAAAGAGACGACGCGAUCCCGGUCGAGACAGCCCUACAGGACAAUGCCAGAAUUCAGCACAUUCUCAGCCAUCUAUAUGCAGUUUCAGAAGCCAGAAAGAAAGGCGCAGACGUUGAAGGGUACUUCAUGUGGGCUCUAAUGGACUGCAUGGAAAUGGGUUCGGGUUACACGGUCCGGUUCGGGCUUAACUAUACGGAUUACCUCAACAAAUUGAACCGGAUCCCUAAGAAGUCUGCAAAGUGGCUCAACUCAUUCUUGGGCGGUUCACCCAAGUGAUGUUGCAUGAGGAGCACUAAUUUAGUUGAUGUUGUACUACAAAAUUUUAUGAAUAAGAAAAUGGUCACCUUACCCUAUUCAAUCCUAUGCAUUAUUUAGGGAAAAAAAAGAUUAAUAAGUGAUUAGUGAGUAGCAUUUUCUGUCUCUUUUGUUCUUGGCAAAUAAAGUGAUCCUCAAAGCACAUUUUAUGCUGUAAAAUUUGUUGAAUUCACAUAAAUCUAGUACCAUUUUAUGAAUA